AUGUACGUUCACGUUUGCGUUGGUGUUGGAUUUGAACAUCGAAAAUUUCAUCGUGAUUGCUCGUUACUGCAUCAUAAUUCACGUGUUAUUGCUGGCACACAACUAUUAAGUAAUUAUAAUGUUAGCAUACCAUUUGAUGUUCGAUGGCCAAUAAAGAAUGUUUCACUUCUGGUUGAGAUGCGACAUGAACCCAAUAAGGCAAUUAUGUUUCGAUCGGAGAAUUUUCUUCAAUUAUCACCGUCCAAUGAUAUUUUAAAAAUUACUGAGGAAAAAGGUGGUACAAAAAUUGAAUAUGAUGUUAAAGUGGAAUGUGGUACGAAUUAUUAUGGACCAGAAUGCGCCAUCUUUUGUAAUCCAAGUAUUGGCAGUUUUCACUUCAAAUGUUCAUCGGAUGGACGACGUUUAUGCGAAGAUGGUUGGAGUGGACACAAUUGUGAUGACCCAAUUUGCGCUAAUGGUUGUAUUAAUGGAUAUUGUGUUUCACCAGGAAUAUGCAAAUGUCGUAAUGGUUGGCAAGGUGAUAAUUGUGAUCGUUGUAAACCACAGUUUGGUUGUAAACAUGGUUAUUGUAAUAAACCAAAUGAAUGUAUUUGUGAGAAAAAUUGGGGUGGAACAUAUUGCGAUAAAGAUUUAGACUAUUGUUUUCAUCAUUCACCAUGUUUAAAUGGUGGAAAAUGUUCAAGUGGUGGUUUACAAAAUUAUUAUUACUGCAAUUGUACCAAUGGUUUUAGUGGACAAAACUGUGAAAUUAAAGUAGAUCCAUGUGCUAAUGUAAAUUGUGGCAAAUAUGGUCAAUGUAAAAUUUCAUGGAAUUCUGCGAGUAAAUAUUUAUGCUAUUGUGAUACGACCCAUUAUGGUGAUCACUGUCAAUAUCGUUUAAAUUUGGAUCAAAAUCAUCCAACAAAUAAUGCUCAUUUUCAAUCAGGAAGUUGCAAAUUAUCAAAUUCAGAAUAUAUACCACCUGGAUUUACCUGGACUACAGUUGAUUGUCGACAAUGUUUAUGUCAAAAAGGUGAUAUUAUCUGUUCAGAGAAACGAUGUGAAUCACGUGAUUGCUCUCAUAAUGAUUCAAAUUUAGAUAAUUCUCUUAUAUGUCCAAAAGAUCAGCACUGUGUUAUUGUCACAGAAGAUGAAUGUCUCAAAGGAAAAUGCGAAUAUCCACGUGGACGAUGUCUUUCAUGGUUGCAAAUAAAUAGUGAAACAGCGCGGCGCAUUUGUCAUGAACGUUUGAAUGCUAAUAACAAGAAUACACGUGAAUGUGCACGAAUGUAUCUUGAAUUUGAUAUCAAUAAUUUAUCAUCGGGAACAACAUCAGGUGAUGUUUGUUUUCAUUUGCUAUUAGAUGUAAACACAGCAAAUAUUACACAUGUUGGAUUCAAUUGCAAAUUAAUUUUAACUAAUAUUGUGCAAGUUGAUAUUAUAUCAUUACAAUUUGUAACGGAUGUUAUGAUGAUAAAAGAUUUCCUCAAGAAUCGUAUUCGUGAUCAUUUAACAGCAAGUCAAAUACUUGCUAAAGUUAUCCAAAUUAGUGAUAAUGAUAAUCAUGAUAAUAGCAAAAAUCAUAUGUUCAAUGCUAUUUUAACACUUCAAGAUUCUGCACUAUCACCAACUGCUGAUUUUACAAUGUUAACAACAAAACAAAUGCUUAUCAUAAUUAUUUGUCUAAUGUUACUGAUAAUUCUUAUCCUUCUAAAUAUUUCUAUCAUGAAGAAUGCACAUUUAUGCAUUAGUAAACGUUAUGAUAAUUCACGAUGCAAUGAUAAUUUAUUGGAAUUACAAUUAAAACAACCUGCAAAUGUUUAUACGACACAAACAUUAAUUAAAUCUAAAGAAAUGGAACAGAAUAAAUCAUUAUUGGAUGGUAUACGUGAAAUAUGUCAACAACCAUUAUUUUUUAACAAUUUAAAACGACAUUAUUCUACAACCGAAUCAUUUCAUUCAGGAACUGAUCGUGAAUUGGAAGAAAAUGAACAUAAUGCAAGGAUUUUGGAACAACGGCGAAUGAAAUCAAAAUUACGCAUUUUAAAUGAUUCACAAUUUGAUAAUUCAAUUUUAAAUCCAAUACGGUUACAAUUAACUGGUAAUAAUGUACAAUUAUACACAUCAAAAGAUUAUUGA